AUGGAGCUCAAAACUCAAAAACAGCUUAAAUUACUUAAUUCUCAACUCAAUAUUUUAGCAGUAGAAGAUUUGAUAUAUGAAGCAAGUCAAACUCUUCCAGAACUUCAAGACCUUGAUUCACAAUUAUUUAAUUGCCAAUACCUCAAAGCUAAAACAUCUGAGAUUUGAAAAAGAGUCAAUAGCCCAGAAUUAGAGCUGGAUUUUAGACGAACUUGCUCGCUAUUUGAAAGCCAAAACUAUAAUUCUGAUCCAUUUCUAGCUCAAGCUUAUAAAGAAUAUAUUGAGGCUUAUUAUCAAGCCACAUCCCUUUAUCUUUUUAACUAUGAGAAAUGAGAUUUCGAAACCAAUGCGUUUAUUUAUAACACUAAAAGUGAAAGAGAAAUUAGGACAAUAUUUAAAAAAGAAAGACUAAUAAACUGAGGCACAAGCACUGCUCGGCUUCCUAAUGGCGGAAUAUUCUGUUUUGGUAAGCAUGAGCCAACUAGAGGAAUUACGAUGAUAGUUGAUAGUGAUUUGAGGUUUCAAGUGUUGCCAUCUGGAACACCUUGCUACUUAUCUUCAGCUGUAUACUUCGACAGGUCUGUCUACUGCUUUGGUGGAAUGUACUACAACAAACCCUUGACUUUAUCUUGCAGAUUUGAUUUAGAUGAGAAUCGAUGAAUUAAAUUAAAUCCGAUGCCAAAAGCUGAUUGGCUUACACACAGUGUAGUAUUUAAAGGGAACAUUCUAAUUUCUGGAAAAGAGAAUAAAAAUCUAUUAUUGUAUUCCAUGAAAAUCAACUCUUUCACAACAAUUCCUUAUGAAUUUCCGAUAGAUAAAAGAAAGAUCUUAAUAAAUAUAGGUAGAUUGUAUUUGAUUGAAUGUUUCGGCGGACUGAUAUUUGAAAGUGAAAUUGGAGAUGAGUAUACUUGGAAACAAAUAGCCACCUCAAUAAUCAGCCAAUAUUCUAAUCAAUUCUAUUUCUCAUAUAACAAAGGAGCAAUAUAUAUUGGAAUUCUAGAAGACAAAGGUACUAAUUAUUAUAAAUUUAACUUAAAUGAAAAAAUCAUGAUUAAACUUUAA